CAUUCCCUCCUCCUACUCUCCAAUGCCAAGCAACCUUUCCGCCCACCUCUCGCCUUCCCCUUUCCUUUCUCUUUAAAUAACUUCCUCAUUUCAUUUUUCGAAAAAAAUAAUAUUCCCUUCCCCGCCAAGCUUCCCAAGCCAUUAUUACCACCACUUCGCCGAGCAAAUCCAUCUCGUUCCCCCCGCGUGACACCGAUCUGAGCGUUUUGAUGCCUCUGCGGACUCCUUUACUCCCCCCGCUCCUAACGCCAUGAUCGCCAUUUAAUUCUCUCCCUGUGCUUCCUCUUCCUUCUCUCUUUAUUUAACAUGGUUCGGAGAGGCGGUGGGUCGAAGGAGGAGUCGGAGAUGGAAGGCGGAGGCGAGGAGUGGUACGAUGUGGUGGAGCAGAUCGGGAGGGGUUCCUUCGGCGCCGCCUUCCUCGUCCUCCACAAGACCGAGCGCAAGAAGUAUGUGCUGAAGAGGAUACGAUUGGCGAAGCAGACGGGGAAGUUCCAACGCACUGCUCAUCAGGAGAUGGCUCUGAUGGCGAGUCUGAGCAAUCCGUACAUCGUCGAUUACAGAGACGGCUGGGUGGACAAGGUAGAGUUUGCUAUCGCCCUUCGAAACGCUCGUACACACGAUCGUGUACACUCGAAUACGGAUUUCGAGAAAAGAGUAACGAUGCUAUAGGCCCCCCGGGGAGUUCUGUUUGUAUUGUGACUGGUUAUUGUGAUGGGGGAGAUAUGGCUGAGAGGAUAAAAAAGGCCAGAGGAGUGUUGUUCUCAGAGGAGAAGGUAUGCAAGUGGCUGACCCAAUUGCUUUUGGCCGUCGAUUACCUGCAUUCCAACCGUGUUCUCCAUAGGGAUCUCAAGUGUUCUAACAUAUUCCUAACGAAGGACAACAACGUACGGCUAGGGGAUUUUGGACUCGCAAAAUUGCUCAAUUCAGAAGAUCUUGCUUCUUCGGUUGUAGGCACUCCCAACUACAUGUGCCCUGAGAUACUAGCAGACAUACCCUACGGCUACAAAUCAGAUAUUUGGUCACUUGGUUGCUGUAUGUUUGAGAUUGCAGCACAUCGCCCGGCAUUCCGAGCCCCAGACAUGGCAGGAUUGAUCAAUAAAAUAAACAGAUCCUGCAUAUCACCGAUGCCCACUGUAUACUCUUCUUCACUGAAGCGAUUGAUCAAAUGCAUGCUGAGGAAAAAUCCAGAACAUAGACCUACUGCUGCAGAGCUAUUGAGGGACUCCUAUUUGCAGCCAUAUCUUGCUGAAUCCUGUAAUCCUUCUCCUAUUUACCUUCCAAUAAAGAGUAACAACAACAGUUCACCAGAGAAACGAGCAAGAAGCCGAGGUAACAGUCAGCCACAAGCUGGCACCGUCGGUAGUCGUAGUGCGGCAGGAGAUGAUGCAUCAAGACAGUCAGGACAUGUAGCUCAACCAAUAAGAAGGAAUAAAGGAAGCUCAUCAAGAAAGUCCAUUAAUGACACAGUAGAUCUCCACUCUGCUGGUAACCUGAAUAACAAUGAGAUUAAGAGGAUUGAUCCUAGUAGUUCUAAGAUAUGGACGCGUACUGAUGUUGACGAAAGAGGACAGGAUUAUAAUGGCAGCCUCCUGGUUAAGAAUACAGAUGAACAAGAGAAAUUUAAAGGCAAUCAACUAACCAGUGAAAAAAUUGGGUGCAUGCCUACAGAGAAACACCAAACAGACCAAACUGAUGGAACUCUAAUACGCACCUUGAAGGUGGAAGCUACUGCUAUGGACUCAAAAGGAGUGAAGUCAGAUGACAUAUGUGUACAAUGUGAGACAUCGGUAAGAAGUGGAGAUGAAGCAGGCCCAGCAAGACCUGCUAGCAUCCCUCUCUUGCAAAGAACAAAAACUGACAUAGAAGAGACAGGUGGAGUUGCAGAAGUGACCUCAUCUGUGAGCACACUUACCCUUGUAAAUGGUGAUAGCAUACAAGCUGAGUGGGACAACUUGAACAUUAUCCAGCAAAGAGCUAAUGCUUUGGAGUCCCUCCUUGAGCUAUGUGCACAGCUGCUAAAGCAGGAGAGGCUUGAGGAACUUGCUGCUGUACUAAGACCAUUUGGAGAGGAAGUUGUAUCAUCUAGAGAAACAGCAAUCUGGUUGACAAAAAGUCUCAUGUCUGCACCUAAAUUUGGAGGGCCCAAAAUCUAAUAGAAACUACAGCUGGUCAGACACCAGUUCCUAGCAUUUGUAGGACCAGAGGAGUAAUACUGGCAUUUAGAACAAGCUGCUGCCAAAUGCAAUGUGUUUCUGCCAAUCUAUGGAGCUGUUUUUUCUCAACCCCUGAUUUUUUAGCUUAAAUGAAACACAAUAAAUAUUCUCUAAGGAAUGAUUUAAUUAAUCUUGGGGUGCAAUUAUAGUGAUAUAUGGUGUGAUGUUGUAGUUGGCACAACAGCUAUAUUAUAUGUCAUUACAGGGGCAUACCAAGCCCCCAUACCAUAGCAUAUCCAGUCAGUGCAGCAUAUUGCAUACAAGCUAAUACAGCUUAGUCCUUAAAACCGUUCUCACCAAUAAGAAUUGCAUCUAGAGAUAAGACGAAGUGGAUGCACUGUCGUCAGCAGUUGGACAAACAGCACUCAGUGGUUCAUACUUACGGAACACCUUGACCUCAUGCAAGGCAACUGUAGUUACAAAUGACAUCUGCUGUCGGCAAAGAAUAACUUCACAGCAAUCAAUAAAUACAGUAGCUGCUAACUAUCUUUUGUUCUUUGCUGUCAAGAAAUGAUUAUCCAAGGCAAUUUAACAGAAUAAUGGCGGGCCGGAGAGCAUCAAACAACAAGAGAACCUGAAGACUACCAACUUGGUGCCGAGCUUCAUAUUUUUACUCAAUGACUUGUGUUAUCAGUUGAUCUCUACAGACAAAUAAUGAACUUAAUAACUUGUAGCAGGAUGCAGAAAUUAUUUUUGGUACAAUCCCCUUGAGAAUCUGUUGAAAAUUUCCUAAUAGAAUUCAAAAAAAGAAUCCUUGUUUUUGUGA